AUGGUUAUGAGUUGCACAGAUGUACAGCUGAUACCCGAUAUUAUCAACACUGUUUUCAAAAAGGAAGACGCAGAUGCAAUAACACUAAAGCUACAGGAUAAGAUAAAGCAGUUAGAGAAAAUUAUAAGCACGCGUUUGUCACUUCUUAAAGAAUUGAAGAAUUCAAAGACAGAAGCAAUAACUGCGAUUGCAAACUUUAUAAGGGAAAUGGAACUUAUACUUCAAAAUCUUAAAAAGGAGUCUAUAAAUGAAGUUGAAGAAGAAUAUCACAAAAAGGAGUGUAUGCUAGAGGAAGAAAAGAAGAAAGCUGAAACUGAAAUGGAAAACAUGAAGCAAGCUGAUAAUGAUAUUCGGCAACUAGAAGCAAACAGAGCUGAAACAUUUGUCAAUAUGAAAAUCGCUCAAGCGAAAACUACCGAUGCAGAUGACGUCAUUAAUUCCUUGAAUACAUCUUCUAACACAAAAAUAAACUUUCAAGCGGACACAGAUAUUCGAGAUACUUUGCAUCGAUUCAAGUCAUUAGGACAACUCAACAUUUCUUCUUCCGCAGCCUUGAAACCUAUGACAAGCGUCUAUUCAAUUACAGGCACCAGUGAUAUGAAUAUCAAAUUACCAGAUGACACAAGAACAUGUCAUAUCUUUGGAUCAUGCUUAACAGAAACAGGAAUGCUGCUGUUGACUGAUUUUAACAAUAAAAAGCUGAAACGUACAUACGUUACCAAUUUGUCUGCGAUAGAUCAUUGCGAGUUUCUUAAUACUCCUUCCUUUGUUUGCGCUACAAAUGAACGGGAAGCAGCAGUAACCCUUUCAAACAACACUAUUCAAUUUAUCUCUCUUGGAAACCAAAUGACACGAACACGCCAUCUAACCAUGGGUCAUUAUUGUUACGGUAUUGCUAACAGGGAAGACAAAUUGUACACAACUGAUAGCACUUCUUCCCUUUACGUACAUGAUAUGGCAGGUAACCUGCUGCAGACAGUACCAAAAGACAGUGCCGGGAAUCGUCUUUUCAAAAAUAGCAGAGAUAUUGCCUUCAGUGACAACAGAGACAAAAUGUUCGUCGUCGAUUUCACUAAUAGGAUGAGAACUCUUGAUACUCACGGAAAACAUACUGAUACAUAUACCGAUUCAGAUUUAGUUCAUGCUUCAGGAGUUGCUUCUGAUAGAAGAGGUAACUUAUUUGUAUGUGGAUACGGAUCAAACAACAUUGUACAGAUAGGACAAGAUGGAAAGAAGAAAGGAGUGAUCGCAGCAGCAUCGGAUGGACUUGUCAAUCCAUUAUCCGUCUGUUUUGAUCCAAAUCAGAGUGUGUUGUUUGUCACACAAAAAAGCAAUGAUUAA